UCUGAAAGUGCCAUUGGUCAAAAUACUUUUGACAAAGUACUUUUUACUGAGCAACCUCUAGAAUAUAAAAAAAAAUCUUACCUUCUUAAAUACCUUACCUGUUCUUUUUUGGUUGAUACACUCAUCCAUUUCAUUGUACUUAUUUUGGAAGAGAUACAUUUAUUAACAAUUUGUCAAAGCAACUGAAAAAUGUAAUACUUUGGAGGUAGCAUGCAAUUUUGGUUUGUCUUUCUAAAAAAAGUGGAACUUGAUAGUAAAGAUAAGAUCAAUAGUAGUCAGUGAGUGAUUGAAGAAAAGACCCAAGUGUACAAACAGUAUGUAUUAUUUGUAUGGAAGAGUAGUUGAUUUUAGUGAAAAGGAGAUUUUGGGAACUAUGUGCACCCAUUUCAUAGGGUUUUUCUUAAGUCUCUUGUCUUUAAAACAAAACUGUGAUGUUAAUUUCAGAAUUACGUUCAAUUUGGCAGAGCACUUCUAUUGUAAAAUUUCCUGAUCACAUAUCAGCAUUUUUUUCCCCUAGAUGACUAAGAAACUUAAUCACCACUAAUCUUAGGUGCUUUAUAUGGAAAAUCAGUAGUCUAAAUGCUAAUGUUCUGUUUUAUAGUUUUUUACAGCACUGUUCAGGAUCAAUAUCCACUAUAACAAGUUUAAGAAUUAAUUUAAUUACUCAGUUAUUACAGUUCCCUGAAUGCAGGAAAAUUUUCCUUUGAACUCUUAUAUCUGAACUAAAUUUGAAGAAAUGAAUGUGACAAUUUUUUAUUUGAUCAUUGGUACAUAUUUAAUUUCUCUUUACCUCUAUUUUCUUCUGACAACGUUUGUUUUUUUUUGGCACCUGUUUAAACUAAAGGAAAAGUAGCCGAAAAAAUAUACACUGACAAUAACAUUAGCAACUCAGUAGUAGUACUAUUGUAUAUGAUCUGAAAAUAUAGUAUGUUUUAACUUUUGUGUGAUAGGAACUAGCUUAUUGGAGGCCCUAUUUUUAAUCUGUCAUUCCACCAAUAUUUUGAGUUUUUCAAAUAUGUUAAUUAAAGGGAAAAAUCUGCAAAAAGUAGUCUUCUCUUUGUAGUCCCUAUAUUUGAGAGAUUACAUAUCUAGAGCUUUAAACUAAUACAAGAAUGCUACCUACAUGAUUAUUUUCUGUCAUAAUCGUGCACUAUACAUAAUCAUGGUAAAAAUCUCACUACUAUUAGUAUGUUUUUAUUUGGUUAGGGUUCAGGAAAUAUCCUAACUUAUCAAUUUUAUCUCUUUGGAAGAAUCAGAAAAUAAAUUGUUUAAAAAUUCAUUAUUUAAAAAAUAUUUAACUUAUGUAAACGUAAGAAAUACUCUGAGUGUUUCAAACAGAAGUAUAGCUGGAGGGAAAAGUGAUGAGUAAUUAAUUUAUAUAUGACCUGUGCCCCUUGAAACGAAUAAUACAGCGGCUUGUAUGACAGGACUCCAAAUUGGCUGGAGCUCAAGGUAAAUCUGCCAAGAUCAUAAUUUUAUAUGCUUUCCUAUAUAGCCAAAUGGCUUCUCAACUUGGAAAAAAAUGCAUUUAAAUGAAAACUUAAAGGGUUAUUUUUUUUUCAAAAUAAUGGACUAAGAAUGUGCUACUUCUCAGAAUAUCUAUGUGUCCAACAUCGGUUUUUAUACAUGUCUUAAGAUGUAACUAUAAACAUAUAACUAUGGAUAGGUUAUCUUCCUCUGUACUGGAUUGCAAGCGUGCAGUGCAAACAUGCUUAAGUUGCGAUACUCUUUGUAGGUCUGGAUGCCUAUAAUCUCACUGCUUGCUUUAUCUUUCUUUUUAAAUUCUUAGAUAUAAUUCUGUCUAGCUGCAGGAAGGCUAAUGGAAGGUUGGUGUGGCUUUGUUCCUUAGGGUCUUUCUCCCUUUUCUGCUUUUUUUUAUCUCUUGUUGCUUCCUUUCUGCCUUCAUUAUGUCUUAAAUACAUUCUUGCACAUUCAGCACUUCAGUAUCUUCUGUUCACUUACCUUCUUUUGCUCUUACUCUCUUUCUCUUUUUGCCUGAUUUUUUUUUUCUCCUUCUUUUUUUGUGGAGAGGAUUUUCAAGCAGUUCUAAAAUAUUUUAAUGUAUUCCUCUGAGCGGCCUUUAUUUCUGCAUUGCUUGCUUCUGGGGCCCUGACUGAGCAUUCCUUUAGCAAGAUAUGUUCCAGCUGCUUCAAUAACAGACUGUAAGACAAUACCAGAAAAUCUGCCAUCUCCAACAGACAGAUAUAAACUGAAAUAUCGUCAGUAUCAAGCAGAUAGGAAGGAAGAAUAUAAACAGUAUUCUCAGAGAAUUGCAGAAAAGAAAAAAGACCAACUCCAGUGUCCAGAAGCUUCAAUAAAGGGUACACAGCUUGAAGAUGGACAUAAUGAUGGUCUUACAGCUCUCGAUGAGAAAGCUCUCCUGCAACAAUGCUAUACAAGCAAGCCCUAUAAUAUGCAGCACAGUAUAAGAAAAUCAGAAGCUGAGGAUGUUGCUGCAGAGAGGAGAAAACAGGCUGUUGUAGAACAAGUGAUGGUGGAUCAGUUAUCUAGAGCUGUUAUAAGUGACCCUGAGCAAUCCACGCGUGCUGAUGUUUCCAAGGAAGCUCAUGGAUUUCCGGGAUUUGGGACAGCACCAAUGCAUUUCAGAAAAAGAACGCUGCAUGAAACAAAAAUAAGGACCAAAUCAGGAUUAACUGAAAACAUGCUCUCUAACAAGCUACGCUUUGAUAGUAGAGUUAUAUCAAGAAAUGGUCGUGAUGCUUGUAGAGAGUUGAUUGGAUUUUUUUUCGCAUGUGACAGAUCUCUUACUGUGUAUGAAUUUCGACAGUUUGGAAAAAAUAGAACAAAUGCCUUGCCUUUCAUUCAGAAGGGAGUUUAUCAACAUCAACGUGGACAAAAGAAGGGAAAAGCCUAUGAUCUUAGUGACUUCUAUAUUGGAGCUAACCUAACUUUCCGAAGUGUUGAUCAUAACCUUCCAGAAAGUUUUAAGCAGAACCCAGUUCUCACCCUUCGUGUGAUAGGUAUUGAUGAAGCAGCUAUGGAUUUUCUAAAAGCUUCUUCUGUGGAAUUAAAGCAGGAGUGUUCCAAGCAAGUGGUUGAUAACAGCAAAAUUUUCAAGAAGAUUCAAGGUACACUCAGAGAGACACUAAAAAAAAGAGGAGUUCGGGUUAUAACAGGCUUAGGAAAGUAUUUCCGAAACGUAGACAAGAACAGAAAUGGUUUUCUCUCUCGGGCAGACUUUAAAGAAGCUCUAAAAGUAUUCCAUUUGGAAAUACCUGAAGAGGACUUUGAAUCCUUAUGGCUUAUUCUUGAUGAUAGCAAGAGCGGCAAGGUUGAGUAUGGAGAAUUUACUCGUGCUGUAUUUGGAGAAAUGAAUGAAUAUCGGAAGGCAUUUGUAAGAAAAGCUUAUAUGAAACUAGAUUUCAACAAAACUGGGAGUGUUCCUAUGGUAGAUAUCAGAAAAUGUUACUGUGCAAAGAAACACCCUCUAGUAUUGGCAGGCAAAGCUACAGAAGAAGAAAUCAAAUCAUCGUUUCUAGAAACAUUAGGAGAGUCCUGCAGCAACCCAAAUGAAGUGUCCUAUUCUGAGUUCGAAGAUUACUAUGAAGGAUUAAGUAUUGGAAUCAUGGAUGAUGAGGAUUUUGUUAAUAUUUUAAGGAACCCUUGGGGAAUUUAGAGUGGGAGACAACAAAAAUGAAGAAGAGAUAUUUUCCAAACAAGGAGUAAGCUAAAUAUGGGAGGAUUUAGUCUUGAUGUGCAUUACUUCAUAAUUAGUGUCUCAAACUGAUUUCAGGGACUGAAUAAUUUAGAUGCUUUCAGAAUACAAGACAAAUUUCUUACAAGUGUCUGUUGAGGAAUGCUAACCGCUUUUUUAAUAGAAAUGCAGUUCAGUCCUUUUCAUUGGAAAUCAAAAAAGCUGUUCCCCGUAUCAAAAUAUGUCCUUUACUUGAUAUUAGAGUAAAGUAGCCUAUCUUAAAAUAAGAGGGAAUCAGAAUACUAAAAUGCAUAAAGGAGUAUAUGCAAGAUAAAAUUUAAUUUUAUGAUGCACUGUGCAAGGCUUUAUAUUUGAUUGUGUGAAAAACAAUGGUAGCUUUUCUUCAGAGUUUUCUUCUUAUAAAAAUAGUAUGUUUAUUGGCAUAAAAUCCUUUGUCUCGUUUCUUGUUUCUUGUGCUGGUACUUGGCCUGAAAGAGAGCAGGUCAUCCUUUCCCAGUUUUGAGGCUGUCUGCAGUAUUGAAAGUGCAGAGAUGUUCACACCAAUUAACCUUUGAACUACUGCGUGGACCGUCUCAACUGAUCUUGUUUUUUCAUCAGGCAUCUGAAGCUGAGCAUUGAAUCGCAAAGGUUUUAAUAAGCACACAUGUAUAUUUUCAAUUCAUUUCUUUCUUUCCUAUAUUUUGCAAAAUGAUUUUUAAAACAAGUAGCUUAUAUUUAAAGAUCUGGUUUCUGUAUUUUUCUAUUGCUGUGAUUUAUUUUUUUUUAACUAAAACUUAGCAAUUAUAUCCUUGGUCAAACUGCUAUGUAGCAUUUCCUAUCUACUCUGAAAGCAUAAAACAUGAAAGUGUAAAAAAAAAAAACCACCCACCUCUGUCACAAUAAAAAUUAAACCAUGAAUUAAAAUAUGCCUUGCUACUUCAAAUCUUCA